ACUAAAGUACCUAUUUGAGAAAUAAGUAGGAAAAUAAUAUAAAAAAUACACAAUUCAAAUGUUUCAGUGGCAUUAACGUUUAAGAAUUAAAUUCUUGUAUCCAAGAUGGAAAUCGAUGACGAAGAUGUUGUCGCAGACGGUACAGAUUUGCAAAAGUAUUUGAAUGCGGUUGGAUACUCUGAAUUUGAAGUUUCUAAACGAAAACCUAUUGAAAAUUUUUGUCCAGUUGAAGAGCAAAAAUAUCCAAGGAAAAUAAUGAGAUCAAUCCAAAAUCAAAAGGAUUUUGGAUUGUGUGUAACAUUAAUCAAGAUGAUCAUGGAGAGUCAACUUAUUUUCAAAGAAGAUACUUUAUUUAUUAAGGAAUUCAUUCCAUCAGAUCACUUAAAAUAUCCUCUAUUUCUUACAAAAMGGAAAAGUGUUACUCUACUUAUAUUAUUCGUAUUUUGUGGUCUUAUGAACAUGUUUUUUUCAAAAUACUGGGAUGAAUGGACAACAAUAGGCAUGUUCAUUUUUUGGUUUGGUUGUGUGUUUAUGGACGUAUUGUAUAACUUAAACCAAAGUAGAACAAUUAAAAAUACUGUUAUGAAAACCAUCCAAUCCAUGGAAAAAUUAUCUCUGCUGAUACAAAAGUCUACUCAUUUUCUUCAAGAAUGUAACAAUCUCCAUAAUAGUUGUUUUCAUACAUAUGCUGGUAAAAACCCUAAUGCCUUCAAAUACUUAUUGAUGCCAGAAUUAAAAUAUUUACUUAUAACUGUGUUACAAGAUUUGAUCAAUAAUCUUGUACAUAAUGUAUCUGAAGUUCACUCAUUUUUUCCUCUAAAAGAUUCUGUUUCCAACAUUGUUUAUUUGUACCGUACAGAUUGCAAAAUUGAUUUAAAAAACACUUCAAUUGAAAAUAUAAAUAAAGCCAAGUACACUUAUUUUUUACUACAAUCAGAAUUCUUGAAACAGUCAGCAUUAUGUUUAUGUCCAGUAUUAUGGACUCCUUACAGUUAUUUUCAAGUAAAUCGUCUAAUUGAAACUAUUGGCAAAAUUGAAGAAGUGUAUUCAAGCUCAUAUAAUGUUUUAUAUGAUGAGUAUAAUAUUUAUUCAAUUUUUAAAAAUAAUGCAAUGAAACAUAGUAAACAACCAAUUCAAGGUACGAAUAUAAAUUCUGAUCUUAAAGUGAAAAUAUAUAGUAUUCGACAGUUUUUACAAAACAUGAUGGUGCAUGUACGGUUCAUGGAAGACUCGAUUGAAAGCUCUUCAGCAAACAACAUUGAUGAUAUAAAUAGUACACUGAAUGUUUUGGUAAAAGAAGUCAGUGUUUUUAAUGAACUUAUUUCAACUCUACAAAUUAACAUUCUGAAAAGAAAUAAUAAUCAAACAGAUAAAACUUUAUUAACUAAUGAUUCUUUUGAAGUAACUGAACAUAUAGAUACAGAAACCAAUGAAACAAUCAAAGAAGUUUGUGAAGAUGAAUUAUUUUUUGGUGUAUCUGAAGAACCUACUGAACAAGUAGAAAAUACAUUUUAUAAUGAAGUAAUAUUUGAUAAGUCUAACAAUCAUAAUUUAAUGUUAGAAUUGAAAGUGGCGCUUAAAGAUAAACAAGCUGAAUGGAAAGAACGAGAAUGCAAGUUGUUAGAAAAACAUCCACAGUUAAAUGAAUUGUCUGAUGACGAUGAAUGUAAUGAGAGACAAGAACGGUAUAUAAAUAAAGUGCGUAAAGUCGCAUUAGACUUGCCUCAAGAUGAAAGAUUUUCUAUGCAAUUACCUAGUAAAAGCUUUGCUAGUGAAAUAGCCAUGGUUGCUUGUAAACGGAAUACAGCAAUUGAGUGUUUUGGAGAUGAUUCUGAUUCGAGUUUAUCAAUAGACUUAAAUGAUUCUUAAUUUUAGUUUACAUUAAUCACUGAAUUUGUGGAUAAGAUUAAUGAUUAUGUUACAAAAUUGGCAUCUUACUGGAUAGAUAAAAUAUAAUUGCAAAAAAUACCGGACACUGAAAUAAGAAGAAUUAAUCAUUAAUUUUUUUUUAUAGGUUCUUAAAAAAAAACUAUCAGUGACUCAAAAAUGCAGUUAUAACACUUUCCCAAAAGACUAAGAACUGCGAUACGGAUUUCUAACCAUAAUUUAACAUUUUUUUGGAUUGAGUCAGGUAAUUUAAUUAAUUGAAAUAAUCAUCUAAGUUGCAGGUGAUUUAAACAAUGACGUGAGAUUACAAUGUACAUGUGUGCUUCUAAAAUAUUUGAAUGCUAUUAAGAUUUUUUAAAAAUUGUAUAAACUAAGGCUGAACCGAUAAGCAAACCAAUAUCAGCUAAAUCAGUUUUAUCGAUAUUGGUUUUUUUUAACAAUCCAAUAUUAGAACUAAUAGAAGGAAAAAAAUUAAUAAAUGCAUCAUCUAGUAUUUUAUUAGCUCUGUGUGUGGUUAUACUGUAAAUGUAUUAACAACCAUAUUGACAAAUAAAAUAUUAUUGAUUCAUGCUUUUAGAUAUAAAUUCAAAGUUUCAAAUGUAUUAUAUUAUAUUAUUGGUUAAAAGUGAUCGGCUCACCUCUUGGUUAGAUAAAUUGAUCAAUGUUGAACAUAUCAUAUUCAGAAAAUGUAUGUGAUAUAUUAAGAAUAAAAAUUAAAAAUAUAUAUGUAUAUAUGACUUGAGAUUAUAAAUGAACCUAUAAUUCAAUUUCAACUUUACACAAUACAGUUUAAUGUUUUUAUUAGAACUAUGUUAACAGAUAUGUUUGAAAAUGAACCAUAAGUUCAUAAAAUGCAAUACAUCUGUAAUUAUGUUAUUGUUUAUUUUAUUAUUAUUAAAAUCUGGUCAAAACCAUAAUUAAUGAUCAUUUAUUUUGUUUAAAAUAAAAUAAUAGAAAUAAUAAAAAUAUAUAUAUAGAAUUUGUACACUAAUGACAAUAAUCCACCCUGUAUUGGGAGCACAACAACAAUAAAAAUAUGAACAAAAAUAUAUUAAAUAACUUUGACAAUAAUCAAUAUAAUAUAUACAGU